AGCAGCUGUCAUACAGCUUGGUGAAGCAAGAGAUCGACUUGAUAUCACAGACCACGUCCGCAAAGCCUGGAUUAACGUACGAAGCCUUCACCCAGGCACAUGUGUUUAUCCAGACGAUACCAACAGCCUGAUGUUUCAUCAAAACGAUGUGCUAGAAAAAGCCAGUGAAACAUGCAAAUUUGUUCAACUAGAACAAGAUGCAAAUGAGCUAGACUCUUUAUUCAUCUGCAAUUAUCUUGAACAAUGCAGUACUGCUAGGCCAUUGACAAAGCCCAAUUGUGAUCUUACAGUUUUACUACCGAGUAAUUUUACAACAAACAAGAUCAUCUUGUUGUUACGCAUGGAUCAUAUCAUCUCUGAUAGCGGAACGGUGGCCAUCAUUUUGAAUGAUCUGAACAGUUUACUGUAUACGACAACAGAUAGCGAAGAGGAAAGGUGUCUCGAGCUUCCGCCAUUAAGUGCUGAUCAAGUCGUUGAUUCGAAACAUGGAGAAAAGGUGUUUUUGAACCUAUCAGUGGAAGAGAAGGUGCGAGGCUGGGCACUUCCAACAAUGCCUAAAGUUAAAAUAAUUGAGCCUAUAGGAAGAUCAGGUCACCUCUUACACACUUUAACAAAAGAGCAAAGUGAUACGCUUCACUCUGCUGCACGACAAUUAGUUGUUUCCGUUACUGCACUCCUGCAUGCGAUUGUUGUUUUGCGUUUUGGUGUAAAAUUUAUCGAAGAGGAAGAGAAGAAUAAAGAAAGCGUAUGGUUCGAUAGUUAUCCCAUAGAUACCAGACCUGCACUUUUGCAACAACAAUAUUCGGGUAAUGCGUUUGUUCCGAUGUUCAUUUCCAUGCAAAAGUAUGGUCAAGCUUUAACUCUUUUCAGACAGGGCGGUCAAAAAAGAAAUGGUAUUGCCUUAUUGGCAAAAGAUGCUAUGAAUGAGUACGAAAAAGCUUCUAGCAACGCAUACAGGUCAGCUUUGGCAAGAUAUUCACGGGCGAUAAUGUGCGUCCAUCAAAAUUACAUUACGGAAGGCGGAUAUGCAUACUUUAAACAAUUGUGCCAUUUUUACUCUGACUCUCGUUUGGAUGAUCGAUAUAUGCCACAGAAAGGCACACAACAACAGAUCAAGACGAAAAUCAUUUCGUAUCAGACCCAUCUCGAUAUGAAUUCCGACUCUGCUUUAUUCUUCAGAGGUUAUGCGUUUGCAUCUAGAACCACAAUCUCUCUUGAUUGGUCAAAAGCAUUUUGGAAAGACGACACCAUUCAUCCAUUUUUCCAAGAUGUAAUCCAAGACGUUCUUUCGUAUCUAAACAACACGGAAUCGUAGAUUUGGACCAACGUGAAUUAUCUUUCAUUGAUCUUCAUAAUGAAUCUGUAUUUUAUCUGAUGAGCAAGGUAGAGUACAGUAUAGUAAAUUU